UUGCCUGUUGCUUGGAGUUCACUGCUGGUGCAGCGGUGUAUUGUGUGACUGCUUCCCAAGCCAACUGCUCAUCAGGCUCCUGAAUGUGCAACAUAUUGUGUGGUCUCGCGCGAUGGGCAGACGUGAUGGCGACAGCAGAGGCGCGAUGAACACCGGCGAGCGCUCGGAGCUCGGCUACCCGCAGGACUCUCGUCGCAGGCUUGGCGGACGCGCAGGCGUGUGCGGCUUGGAAUCGGACGCAGACGUGGAUGCGGCGGGCCGGCCGGUGAUGGAGGUGAAGAAGCACCAGCACAAACAUAACUUGAAACACCGCUACGAGCUGAUGGAGACGCUGGGGAAGGGCACCUACGGCAAAGUGAAGAAGGCGGUGGACAGGGCAAGCCUCCAAACGGUGGCCAUCAAGACAAUCAGUAAGGAGCGCAUCACAGACGACCUUGACAAAAUUCACAUCCAGAGGGAGAUUGAGAUUACCUCCUCGCUCCAGCACUCCUACAUCAUACGCUUCCUCGAGGUGUUCGAGAGCCGCGAUAAGAUUGUGAUUGUGAUGGAGUACGCCAGCAAAGGCGAGCUAUACGAUUACAUCCUGGGCAAGGGGAAACUUGCGGAAACAGAAUCCCGGAGCAUCUUCAGGCAAAUCACAUCGGCUGUCCACUACUGCCACAAGAACGGUGUUGUGCAUCGAGACCUUAAGCUGGAGAACAUCCUUUUGGAUCAAGAUCUGAAUGUGAAGCUGGCCGACUUUGGCCUUUCCAAUCAGUACCAAAGAGGCACUCUGCUGCAGACCUUCUGUGGAAGUCCGCUCUAUGCCGCCCCAGAAAUAGUGAGUGGGCUGCCCUACCAGGGACCAGAGGUGGACUGCUGGGCGCUGGGUGUGCUUUUGUACGCACUGGUGUACAGCAGUAUGCCAUUUGAUGGAGUCAGUCACUCCAUCCUCAAAGAGCAGAUAUGCCACGGUCGCUAUCGAAGACCCAACCCCCCCUCAGACGCCUGCGCUCUUAUCGACUGGCUGUUGACGGUGCGUGUGGACGAGAGGGCCACAAUCGAGGAUGUAGCCAACCACUGGUGGGUGAACUGGGGAUACGAGGAGAGCGUGUGCGAUUGCGCUUCAUCAGCCCACCCGGACUGUCCCUCCCCCCUACUGGCUCGCUACAUCGACUGGCAGAAUCGGGUUGCCGGCAAUCUGGCUACUGAUCCCCAUCAUCAGCGUUACUUCAGCUUGCCUCUCCGGGCUGAACGAGGAGGAAGAACGCGAGGAGGAACGUCCAACGUCCGAAAGUCUCGCAAGGAGAACGCUAUUCCGCAGACUACACAAGGAGCCUGUGGUGGUGCUGCAACUUCUGGCUCCGCCUCCUCCGGCGAAAGAAAGAAACCCAAAAGUAUUCUGAAACACCAGAAGAGCUUUGACUCUGUUUUGCACAGCCCUCCCAAAGAAAGUCCCCACUCGGGUUCCGUUGAUCCCCUUCUUUAUCAAAAACAUGCACUUGGUCACAUUGAUGCUGAAGUCCUAUCCACCAGUCUGUCAUCUCCCAGUACAUUCAGACAGCCCUCCUCUAAAAUGCCCAAAAAGGGGAUACUUAAAAACCUGAAUGAAGGGGAGACAGGUUAUGUCUCCUCAUCACGUGGAAGAGAGUCCAGACCAGGCGUCCAAGUGGAUGAUUCUGAAAACUCCUGCUUGAAAAAACAGCACACAUUUGUCCCAGCAGCAGAGGACAGUCCAACCAUGCGCACAGAGGCGGUGAGAAGAAGAAAGGGCAUUCUCAAACGGAACGGCAAGUUCUCACGCAGUCUGGAGCUUCCGGAGGAACAGCGCUCACCGCCGCUAUUUCCAGACACUCUCCAACAGUUCCUCCGGGUCAAAAUGGGGGCCGACGGACACCAAAGCCGCCCCUCAAGCGUGGUGAGCGAGGACAGCCUUUUCUCGAGCGACUCCUUCGACCUACUGGACUUCAGCACACAAUCGCGCCGUGAGGUUUUUUGCCAGGGGGUGCAGAACAGCACAUGUAACUCAGAGGAGGAUCUGAGAGGUAGAGCAGGUGAAAGUGAAGCAAGUGAGACCGAGUGGUGAUCAUGCGGUGGCUAAUUUAAAGACCCUGUCAAGGGAAAUGGUAUAAUUGAUUCUAAAGAUGUUGUUCUUGUCAUAAAAUAAUUCCUAAAUUUAUGUCCAAAGACUAACAAAAAUGUAGAACUGAAUUGUGGAGCUGAAGAGUUAAACUGUUUUUCAGUUUGUUUGUUUAUCUGAUUUUUGAGAGCACAGACAAAAGCUUGAUUUUUUCACAGUUUUGAAGCCUUAUUUUGCAAAAACAUUUUAUCAUUCACAUUUGACAGGUUGGUUUACAUGUGGUUUGCCUUUUACAAGACAUUUAUUUUCCCUUUUUAGGAGCUUUACCUUUGAGCAGUCAUUUCCCCAUUUUAACAGCACUUCUAUAUUUACAGGACCGAAGAACUGCAUUUGAGUGCUGCUAAUGUAAAGCACUUUUUCCCCGAAUGGGUCACUGGAAUUUCUCCAGGUGAGACUCAAACCACAAACCAGUCACACUGCUGCUCCCUUUGUUUCGAUGUUAUAACUCAUUUUAUGUUCAAAUGAGUUUUGCACUAUGGCUGUUGAAUGCCACACACACCAAUGUGUCAAUAUCAUAUAAACAAUUACUAUUCACCAACCGUUAACAUCAAAAAGCCCAAAAGACAUCAGACAAAUUGCAUUCGUCUCAAUCAUCAGAACACGCAGGAUAUUUGUGCAACUCUGUGUAAAAGUGUGUUUCAUGAGAAAUAUGUUUUUUUCCUGCAUCUUGGCUAAUUUGUUCUUUCUCUACAGUUAAUGAAACUGUGUUUGAGACAGUACAGUACAUAAAUUGCCAUGUGUUGAUGAGGUUUCAGAAUUACUAUGCUAAUUGGAAGUGGAAGUAGACCUCGACUUGGUAGAUUGGCAAAUAUCUUUUUUUUUUUUUUUUAGUGUUCAUUAUUUGUGGGGACCACAAGUGGGUAAAAUGUGUGAGGCACUGACAAGAGAAGCUCUGUUUUGUUUCCAUAAUUGGCUUUGGAUCAAAUAUUCCAACACGAAGCACUCAUGUCGUCCAAUGGUUCAGUCAUGUUUUGUGGUUUCACUGGUUGAUUCUAAUCCUUCUAAUGUGAAAUAAACAUGUUUGAUGCUGUCGUGUAACGACAAAAAACAGUGUAUUCACCAAUAAAAUACACAAGCAUUAAGUCA